AAAAAGAGUAGGAAGGUAGGAUUCAAUCGACUUGUACAUAAAUCUCAUCAGUGUUUACAAUGGAUACGGAUACGGUCAAACUCCGUCAUGUCAAAUCUGCAAUCACCGACGUACCAAACGGAGAACCCAACAAGACAAAAAGUGCCAAUGUGAGCAAAAGCAUUACAAAUGUCAUCGAGAAAAAGCUUUUGGAUCCUGAGAUCUACGUGCGGUUCGUACAAGGAUUUGCUGGGUUCCUGGCAAAAAGGAACCUGAUCGAUACUGGCAUUGGUCUUGUCAUUGGUACCGCUUUUUCAAACAUGAUCCAGACAUUUGUUGACGAUUUGCUUACCCCUCUGCUUGGUCUGAUUGUGGGUUCCCGCAUGUCAAACUGGUUCAUUGUUUUGAGAAAGGGAGCCAAGGCAUUGCAAUAUCAGCACGAGUCCACACAUCGUUAUAAAUAUGUGACUAUUGAAGAGGCAGCACGCGAUGGUGCGGUGACAUUGAACGUUGGGAGGGCGGUGGAAAGCGUGGUGAGAUUUGUGUGUCUAGCUGGUGCUGUGUUUGCCCUCUUUCGAGUUGCAAUGAGAACUUGGGAGGCGCACAAACGUACGUUGGGACCGAUCCUUUUUCCGGACGAACAUAGAGACCCAAAGGCCAACGAGUCUGAAUCGUCUGGGGACGCCACUCGUGAAUGUCCCUUUUGCACAUCGCAAAUUCCUUGUCGUGCAUCAAAGUGUCGUUUCUGCACUGCGGAUGUCUCAGGUAUCGCAGCGCCAUACAGUACAACAAAAGGUUCCAUGGGCUUCACAGGGAAGGAAGAGUGACAGAGGAUAAAAAAAGUGCUGUGAAUUGUUAACGAGGACCUUGCUUAGCGUAGUUUGUUAUGAUGGAAUUUCUUUCCGAUUGUACCCAUCCCGCUCUUGUACCGUUUAUACCUAAGAUCAACAUGUAUAGUAUCCCUCCCCAUGGCUCUAAAUAACAAUCUUCAGAUGGA